AUGUCUUCGCCUAGUCCAGGAAAGAAAAGGAUGGAUACAGACGUUGUUAAAUUGAUCGAAAGCAAGUAUGAGGUGACAAUAUUAGGUGGUUUGAAUGAACUUAUGGUGAAGUUUUUCGGCCCUCCAGAAACUCCAUAUGAAGGUGGCAUUUGGAAAGUUCGUGUUGAUCUUCCUGAACGCUAUCCCUUCAAAUCACCGUCAAUCGGCUUCAUGAACAAAAUAUUUCACCCAAAUAUCGAUGAAGCGUCCGGUACCGUUUGUCUCGAUGUCAUAAACCAACAGUGGUCUGCUCUUUACGACCUGACUAAUAUUUUCGAGUCCUUCCUGCCACAGCUUUUGGCAUAUCCUAAUCCUACAGAUCCACUAAACAGUGAUGCUGCCUCCUUAUUUAUGUUCAAGCCUUCUGAGUAUGUUAUAAAAGUGAAAGAAUAUGUUCAGCGUUUUGCAAGUGAAGAAGCCUUAAAAGCUGAAGAGAAUGGACAGGCAGAGUCUAGUUCGUCAGAUGAUGAGAGCUCUAUGUCAGAUUAUACAGACGAUAUGGCUAGAGAUAUGGAGCUCUAA